AGAAAAUUUCCAAUUUAUUUCGUUGGCAAGAUUCACUUUUCGAAAUAUCCUAAUCAUUGCAGAACAUAAAUUCGUCUCUUUCUUCUCAUUUUUUUUUAUCAACUUUUGUUAAAAGAAUUCUUUCAGUUUUUGUUGUUUUUUUUGGUGCUUUUGUUCUUCCUCAAGCCAAUGGCCGAUGGAUUGCUGUCGAUAUUCCUCCUUGUUUUUUAUUUGUUCAUCUCAGGAGUAACUUCGAGAAACAUUACCAUAGAGAACAAAUGCAAUUACACUGUCUGGCCGGGAAUCCGGUCCACCAAGGGUUCGCUCUCCACCACCGGCUUCGCCCUCAAGAAAGGAGAGGCGCGUGUAAUCUACGCGCCGUCGUCCUCGUGGACAGGUAGUAUCUGGGGUAGGUCAUUCUGCUCCACCAACACAACCGGUGGUUUCUCAUGCGCCACCGGAGACUGCGGCUCCGGAAAAAUCGAGUGUUCAAAAGCUGGAACGCCUCCUGCGACUCUAGCCGAGUUUUCCCUCGCCAGUUUCGAUGGAAAAGACUUCUACGACAUAACAGUCGUCGACGGUUACAACCUCCCAAUGCUGGUUGUCCCACAGGGUGACGACACGUGCAGCAGUGUCGGAUGCAUUGUCGAUUUGAACAUGACGUGUCCACGCGAGCUAAAGGUGACAAAACACAAGCAGCAUGAUGAAUUGAUGAUGCAGCCAAUCGCAUGCAUGAACGCGUGUCAGAAGUUGAAACUGCCGGAGUAUUGCUGUACCGGCGCUUAUUCUUCACCGGACCAAUGCAAGCCGACACUAUAUACGCAGAACUUCAAGAAUGCGUGCCCACGCGCUUAUAGCUAUGUUUUCGAUGAUUCUAGCAGCACCUUCACUUGCCAAAAUAGCCCAAACUAUGUCAUCACCUUUUGCCCGGCGACGACUAUUCUCAACACCACCAAUAGUUCAGUGGCUGAGUCUCCAUUUCCAGCUCAAACAAAAAAUGGAACUCUUGAACCUCCCUCAGAGUCUCAACCAACAAGGGAAGUUACUAAAGAAGGAAAAAAAAAAUCUUCAUGGAAGUUAAAACUCAUACUCGGAAGCUCAGCAUCUUUAGCUGUGAUGAUCAUAAUUAUGGUGGUGCUAUUAGUGAGAGCAAAGAAUGCAAGAAAGAGUGAUAGGAAUGGCGAAAACAUUGAAGCGGUUGUAAUGUUGAAACGAUAUAGUUACGCAAGGGUCAAGAAGAUGACAAACUCAUUUGCGCAUGUUCUCGGGAAAGGAGGAUUUGGAACUGUCUACAAAGGGAAGUUACCGGAUAAAGGCCAAGAUGUUGCAGUAAAGAUCUUGAAGGAGUCAACAGGGAAUGGAGAAGAGUUCAUUAACGAGGUAGCUAGCAUGAGUAGAACAUCUCAUGUUAAUAUUGUUUCUUUGCUUGGAUUCUGUUAUGAAGGAAACAAAAGAGCUAUAAUCUACGAGUUCAUGCCAAAUGGAUCCCUCGACAAGUUUCUUUCCGAGAAUAUGUCAACACAGAUGGAUUGGGAAAGGUUAUUUGACAUUGCAGUGGGUGUUUCUCGUGGCCUAGAGUAUUUGCAUAAUCGCUGUGUAUCAAGGAUUGUGCAUUUCGAUAUAAAGCCGCAAAACAUACUCAUGGACAUAGAUCUUUGCCCCAAGAUUUCAGAUUUCGGUCUUGCUAAGCUCUGUAAAAAUAAAGAAAGCAUCAUAUCAAUGCUAGACGCGAGAGGAACGGCUGGAUACAUUGCUCCUGAAGUGUUUUCUCCAAAUUUUGGAGGAGUUUCUCAUAAGUCAGAUGUGUAUAGUUAUGGAAUGGUAGUUCUUGAGAUGAUUGGAGCAAGGAAUAGAGAGAAGUUUGAAAAUUCUCAGAGACAUGAACUCCUAAACUAGGACCAAAGAUCGUGCAUCAAUCCACAACUUAGUCUAGAAAAUUCUCACCAAUACACAAGAGAUACUA